ACUUGUAAACCGUGACGAACAACCCGAAGCUUCUAAGUAAAGAUGCUGACUUUGCUCUUCGCUUGUCUGGGUCUUCUAAUCUUGGCUCUUCUCUUCAAAUUCGUCACUUCCGAUGGUGAUUUAACGUUGGUUUCAAAGAAACAUGUAAAAAAGGAAGAAAUUGAAGACAAGGUUGUUUGGAUUACUGGGGCCAGCCGGGGAAUUGGCGAGGAACUUGCUAAACAGUUGGCUAAAUUAGGUGCUAAACUCAUUCUUUCAGCACGGAAUGAAGCUGAGUUGGAGCGAGUUAGGAAACAACUUACAGGUAAGUACUCACCUAAAGAAGUGGAGAUUUUACCGUUGGAUUUGGCAUGUGGUGAAGAUUCACUCAGGGUGGCUGUAGAAAAAGCAGAGUCCCUUUUUUCUGGUGCUGGUGUUGAUUAUAUGAUCCAUAAUGCAGCUUACGAACGCCCUAAAUCAACAGCUUUGGAAGUCUCUGAAGAAAGCCUGAAGGCUACAUUCAAUGUCAAUGUUCUGGGAACAAUAUCUCUGACACGGCUACUGGCACCCUUUAUGCUGAAGCGGGGAAUGGGUCAUUUUGUUGUGAUGAGCAGUGCUGCGGGAAAGACACCUGCACCAGGUCAGGCUGUGUACUCUGCUUCUAAAUACGCUCUGAAUGGGUACUUCCACUCACUGCGUUCCGAGCUGUGUCAGAAAGGGAUUAAGGUGACUGUUGUUUGCCCUGGGCCAAUAGAGACAUCAAAAGGUUCUGGAGCACCAGCUUCAGAAAAGAUGAGUGUUUCUGAGAAACGUGUUUCAUCGGAAAGGUGUGUAGAACUGACACUCAUUGCUGCAACCCAUGGUCUAAAGGAAGCUUGGAUAUCAUACCAGCCUGUGUUAGCGGUGAUGUAUCUGGUGCAGUACAUGCCUACCGUGGGCUACUGGCUCAUCGACAAGGUUGGUGCCAAGCGGCUAGAAGCUGCUGCACAGAAGAGCAACACUUACUCAUUGUCUUUACUGUUUGGGAAGAAAAAUAAAGCAGCCUGAGGAACCAUAAGCUAAUACAAAUCCACCUCUCUUACAGCGUAUUCUCGUACAAUGCUCAAGGCUCUGCGCUGAGAAGCCGGGAGCCCAAACAGUCAUAUAUUGAAAAAUGCAUUGCGUGUUUCUCUGCUUCUUGACCCUAAUUUCGGAAAUUUUCCAACAUUGUUAUAACUUAAUUUUAUUGGGUCAAACAAUAUUAGCCAAUAUUCUAUGAACCAUAAAAGUAUAGUCACGGUCUAAGUUAAUAUUCAUUUUUCCUUCAUCACUAA